AUGCGGACGCGAUCAACUGCUCCAUCUGAGCAGCCCGACACCGAACAAAAGAAUCUCAAGGUGCCAACUACAGUGCAGACUCCCUGCAAGUCAUUCGUUCUCCCUUCAGCUGCAAGUGACGAUGCCAGAUUCAUAACGUUGCCCAAUCCGCGAACUGGAGAGCCCAAUCGCUACUUCUUCUGCCCGAAACUUGGCGUAUACGAGUUUACCGUCGUAGGGUCUACGCCGCAGUUUCCACGGAGUAUACUCUUCACUCCCAAACCAAACACGAAAACUUCCAAUGGCGAGGGUGACCCCUCCCAAGCCAAGGGGACUAUCUCCAGAGUCGCCGAACUGUAUGUUGCAACGCCAGUUGAUGUCAUGUUCUUCAUGAUACCUCUGCUGGCCCCAGCCACAUCGACGCAUACCAAGAAGCUUUUCCAGCCGCUCGACGAUAUCAUUGAUUCGCAGGACGAUUUGCCCAGUCAUCUACAGCACAUACUCUACAAUGAAGAUUUCCGCAGUGUCUUGCAAUCGCGAGUCGAGGCGGUAUGUGACUCGGUCGAGGCAGGGGAUGAGAAAAUGUUCCGCUUCGACGAGGUCAAGCUCCUCAAGGAACUGAUCGCUAAGGCGGAGCGCCUAGUGGCCCAGGGCCUUCCAGCGAGCUUGGAGGAGCGAUUUGUGCGUCAAGCAUUGGUCACACCCUUGAUGUCCGUCAAGCGAGAGGAGACCAUCAUCGGAGGCACGUCGUCAUUGGAAGAUGACGGCGAGGGAGAGUCCCAGGACAAACAGGAAACACAAUCCACAACGACUGCCUCUGUCUCAACACCCUCAGGUGUCUCAACGCCUGGCACCGAACUUUCCGCCGAAUCAAAUCUGGGAUCCGCCACCAGGGACAAUAUGGCUCAUCUGCUGAGAAUCUCCACCGUCCUCUCCUUCAUCAAGGAAUCAUACAUCUCCCCACAACUUUGCGCUAGAUUAGAUGAACUACUUGCCACACCCGAAACACCCGUGGAUUUCAAACCACUUCAAGACCAUCUUCAGCAUAUAGCAGAGCUGCGGGCGCAAGCGCUCGCGACUCAAUCGCUUGGGGAUUUCAGCCGCAAGCGCGGUGCCGACGACGACGAAGCUACAGAGUCUCGCGCCGAGAAAAAGCGCCGCAAAGAAGAGGAAGAGAAGAAGAAGAAGGCCGGAGAAUCCCGCGGUGUGAGAGACCUGAAGAAGGUCAAUACUACAGGAAUGAAGAAGAUGAGUGAUUUCUUUACCAAGUCAGCGCCCAAGAAGAAAUCCUGA